AGGUGGGCAGUUGUAGUAUGACCGUGAGAAAACAACAAAAUUAUCACUGUCUACAAGUUACUGGAAAUUCAUCUAAUCAGGAAUUGGUUAUUUGAACUUCAACAAGUGCACAGGUCAUAUCUUUAACUUUCUUUAUUGAGAAGAGGAGAUGGCCAAAGGGAAAGGAAAGAUAAGCAGCAGCGAUGGCGUAGCUCCAACCCAGCUUCGGUCUCUCAGGUCAAGGAAGAGGGAAUGUCCAAGUGAUGAAGUUCCCCAGACUGACAGUGCUCAGGCUACUCUCCAUCAGCAGGACAGGGAAGAAAAUAAUACAACAAUGGUUGGCACACCACUACAGCAUUCCCAGUCCCCUCUGCAGGACGGUGCUCUUAUUACAAAUCAACAGGAUCAGGCAGUCAGACCGCCCUGUCUCACCAAACAAGAUGAUUUCAAAGAAGAAAGACAUGCAGAAGAAACAAAUGUGGCAGAAAACGAAGUCCACAUCGCUGUCACAACCUCAGACAGUACCGGUACUGUGUGUGAUCCAGGCUGCUCAGAGGGAAAGAGCUGUGAGGCUGAAGGAGGCACAGAGGCUGGUCCAGAACAAACUAGUGAGCCAAAGUCAGAUCAACCCGCACAGGAUGAAGUGGAGGAGCAUUUGGGGAAUCUGGAGCAACAACGGGAAAUUGCGGGAAGUACAAGUGAGAUUAUGACUCAAACACCUGAGACACAACAAACAAGGAAAGAAGGAGAAGAUCGGUCAACAGAAGUAGACUGUAGUCCUGCUGUCAGUUUAUACACUAACCCAACUCAAAGUGAGGAAUCUGAGAAGAAGGAUGGCAGUGAGGCUUCCUCUCUGCAUGUGCAUACAGGGACCAAAACAAGAUCUGAGGGGAAAGAAGAGAUGAUGGCUGAUGCCGUUGUUGGAGUUGAAGCAGAGGGAUCUUCAUCCACAUUCAACCAGCCAGGAGGAUUAAACUGUGGCUCUGUUGAGCUUUGUGAAGCUGCAGGGACACCUGGCUCAGAAAGGAAAGAGAGUUGUGAUCCUGAUGAUGAACGUGGUCCUUCUACUGUGAACACUGAGCGCACUAAGACCAGGGACACCACUGACCCGUAUGGAUCUGGAAGCUUAGAUUACGUGUCGGACUCGCAGCUGAACACGAUUGUACUGAUUGAGGAGGUGGUGAUGGAGGAGGCAGAUCCUGGUUCCUCAGACUGUCAUGAAGAUGCCACAGACCUGAUCUGUGGGCUCAUCAGAGAACUCUCCUCUCUAAAUCGAAAGGUCAUGGCCACACAUAGGGAGCUGGAGAACCUGCGACGUGGCAGUAAAACUCCAAGGAGCUCCAACCGUUGAGGUACCCGCCGUCCUGAGUUUACUGUUGCCCCAAUGGUUCAUGGGUAAUGAAGGCACUUGUGGCCUGAUACAAACCUUUAAUAUUUCAUUGUGAAUCUAUUGGAAUGUUGAGUUUAAUGGCUUUGAU